AUGAAAAAUUAUCACUUAGUGUUCGUCGUAGUGUUCCUUUGUGUCUUCCUCUUCAAUCGAAUAAACAAUGGCGAGCUGCUCUCCAUGGAUACGAUAAACAACCUAAUGAAAAAGGGGCAUGUGAUAGAGGACAACAAAAAUUUUACAAAUUUUUCUUUUUUUUAUUUAUAUAAUGCCCUGAGGUGUACAUUAACACAACAAGUGUUUGAAUCUUAUGAAGACGAAAAAUAUGAACGCGAAAUAUUUAUCAUAAAAAAUAAUUUAUUACGUCUGAAGGAGCAAAAGGAUAAUCGAAAUUUGUGGAUCUUCUUCGAGUUCCACCUUUUCGACUCGUUGAUAUCUUCCAUUGAGGAAAUAGAAACGCACAUGAGAAAUUACAGCAUAGGACUCAUGGAAAUGUUUAACGAACUGAAGCUAGCUGACCCCAGAUUUAGUAACAUGGUAGAUCUAACUCUAAACAUUUGUGAUGAUCCCAUUUUUGCCGUUGAGGAGGUCAGCAUGUAUUUAGUCAUAGUUCCUUUCCUCCUAGAGAAGCUAGAAAUAUCAGCAAAAACCUACACAGAUGAAAUGAAGCACCUUCUUCGGAAGACGCUAAAUUGUUUACACAUUUUCAUAUCGUUAAUAUGUGAACACAACAUAAAUAUUACAGAUAUAUACAAGAAAGAGGUAAGAAUGUUUUUAAAAGUAAAAGAGUCUUUUGAUUUUGUUUCACUGAAUGAAGACAAUAUUCUGUCACUGCAUGAUGAAAUAUAUUUAAAAAAUAAAUACGGGAAUAUGUUGAUAAAAGAUUUAUUUUUGUUAUUUAAGAAAAUUUUUUUUUACGAAAUGGACGAAGAAAGAUUAUAUUAUUACAAUUAUAUACAAGUAGUACCUAUAUAUGUAAAGACUGAAAAAGGAAUAUAUAAAUCGAAAAGUUAUAAUAGAGAAAAAUCAUUUUACUCUUUAAUAGAGAGUGUAUAUAAAAAGGAGUUACAAGUUAAUGAAGGCAUAAUUAUGAUUACUGUAUUUAAACAGUAUAAUAUUAAAAAUGAUGCUAAGAAUAAUACUAAAACACCUUACUAUUUUGACGCAGACAUUAUAUAUAAAAUAAUAAUGCAUCAAGUUUAUAAACCUAUAUCUCCUACCGCAUCCGAUAUAAAUUUCAAUUUUUUAUAUUCCACUAAUAUAGACAGCUCAUUAUAUAAAACAACAGAAGAAGAUAUAACUUUAAGUCUUAUAUUAUUAAUUGAUACUACGCUUAAUAUAGAAGAUCUUUUAGAAAAAAUGUAUAAUUCUAUUUUUUCAAAUGAUAUAUUCUUAACUAAUAAAGAAUUAAAUAAACAAAGAAUAAAAGUAAUAGGUUCUUGUAUUUAUAAUCAAAAAUCUCAAGCUCCCAUUUUUCAAGGUUUCUUUUCUCGUGGUCUUAGUUCCUAUAUCCUUUUCAAAAUUCGUGAAUGGUUAAAACCGAACCAAAAGUUAAUCUAUUUAUCGAUUGAAAAGGCAGAAGAUCAUAACCACAUUAGGUCGGGGGUCAUUGCCGAAAGGAUCCUCAACAAUCCUCAGCAGCUCUACCAGGUGGUGCUGCUGUUCGAGAGAAACGCCAUUAUCAAAUUUGACAAGUUUGAACAAAGCGAUGAGUGUGAUAUGUGCUUAGUAGGGUACAAAGGACUGUACACAUUGUACUUAUGUAUUUUUAUACCUACUACUGUGAGUUUGAUUAUUUGUUAUUUCUUAUAUAAAAAAAAGAAAAAUACAAAAAAAAAUAUGGUUGAUGUUAAAGCAGAUGAACUGACAAACAAAAGGAUAUCCAUUGAGCCAAGUAUCGCCCCCCUCAAGAUAUAA